UGGAUGAAUUUGAGUAGGAAAUUCUCUCAGAGAAAUUCAGAAGAGAUGUAAAAAGGCUUUGAGCAGUUUUCGGAACAAACAACAAAGCUCACAUCAUUUUCCAAGUACUUUCACUGUUCACGAUUUUUUUUUUUUCUAACUCAUUUGAUCAACCAGAGAAGACUUUUUUUUUUUUUUUUUUACUGUAUUCUUAAUUCCAUCAGCCCUUGCCUCAAAAUAUUUAAAUGGGGAGUUAGCUCAGUGGCGAGCUUGUAAAUUGUGGGAUUUAUCCAUCAUAGGCCAGGUAAAAAAUCUGUUAUUCUUCUGUGUCAAUUGAGGAAUGUUUCGGGAAUGUGAUGGUUCUAGGUAUUGAAAGAUAAAGGAAGAGAAAAUAAAAGAAGAUAAAAGGGAUGCUGAAGGAGGAGGAGCUGAAUCUUCCACACUUACCUGCAAAAGGGAAUCUGUGCAAGUGUAGUGAUCCAAGAACAGUACUACUACUAUGCCCAUAACUUCACAGCCUGUAAGAGGACUAGAAAAUCAGUAAGAAGCCGACAAUUUUGGAGAUAAUUCCAAGCAUCCCAUGUGGAUUCUUCCUUUUUCUCACCAUCUGUGUUUCACUGGUGGUUUCAGCUUUGCUUUGCAGCUGCUGCUUAUUUUAUCUCUUGUUCUUCCUCUGAUUUAGAGCCCCUUUCCUGACAAACAGAGGAAGUCCGGCUCAAAUUUGCUGGGGUUCCAUCUGUCAUCAUGUGGGAAUCCGACAGCGAGUUGGUUGGGGGAAGAGAUUAUGGAAAUGGAGUCCUGGGUUCAAGCAAGCACGGCGUCAAGAAUGAUGGGUUCGAGCUCCGGGGCCAGUCAUGGUAUGUUGCUACUGAUAUUCCAAGUGACUUUCUAGUUCAAAUUGGAGAUGUUAGUUUCCACUUGCACAAGUAUCCCCUGCUGUCUAGGAGUGGGAAGAUGAACAGAAUUAUUUAUGAAUCACAUAAUGCAGACUUGAACAAGAUAGCUUUCGAUGACCUUCCAGGCGGACCUGAGGCCUUUGAGCUAGCAGCAAAAUUCUGCUACGGAAUUGCGGUUGAUCUGACUGCAGCCAAUAUAUCUGGUCUGAGAUGUGGUGCAGAGUACCUUGAAAUGACAGAGGACUUAGAAGAAGGCAAUCUUAUUUUCAAAACGGAAGCAUUUCUCAGCUAUGUAGUUUUAUCCUCAUGGAGAGACUCCAUAAUAGUACUGAAAAGUUGUGAGAAGCUCUCACCAUGGGCAGAGAACCUCCAAAUUGUCCGCAGAUGCAGUGAGUCCAUAGCUUGGAAGGCUUGUGCAAAUCCAAAAGGAAUCAAAUGGGCUUAUACCGGAAAACCCCCAAAAGUUUCUAGCCCCAAGUGGAAUGAAAUGAAGGAUUCUAGCCCCAGCAGAGGCCAGCAGGUUCCUCCUGAUUGGUGGUUUGAAGAUGUCUCAAUUCUUAGGAUUGAUCACUUUGUUAGGGUCAUUACUGCAAUUAAGGUGAAGGGGAUGAGGUUUGAAUUGAUCGGGGCUUCUAUAAUGCAAUAUGCAACAAAAUGGCUUCCUGGUUUGAUAAAAGAGGGGAUGGGAACAGGGAUGGGAGAUGAAGGAAGCAACAGCAGUAACGGUAGUAGUGGUAGUAGUAGCUGGAAAGGUGGUCUCCAUAUGGUUGUGGCAGGAGCCAAAGAUGACCCCCCAACUGUUCAGGCAAAAGACCAACGGAUGAUCAUUGAGAGCCUUAUCAGUAUAAUUCCACCACAGAAGGACAGUGUAUCAUGCAGCUUCCUUCUACGGCUUUUGAGGAUGGCAAACAUGUUGAAAGUGGCUCCUGCUUUAGUUACUGAAUUAGAGAAGCGAGUGGGAAUGCAGUUUGAACAGGCUGCAUUAGCCGAUCUUCUCAUUCCUUCAUACAACAAAAGCGAGACUUUGUACGAUGUUGAUCUUGUUCAGAGGCUCUUGGAGCAUUUCCUUGUUCAAGAGCAAACAGACAGUUCAAGUCCAAGCAGGCAGCCUUUUCCUGAGAAACACUUGUAUGAAGGAACUCAAAGGGGUAAUGGCUCUAAUGCCAAGAUGAGAGUGGCAAGGCUUGUUGACAGUUAUCUUACUGAGGUAUCCAGAGACAGAAACCUUUCUCUUACAAAGUUUCAGGUACUAGCAGAGGCAUUACCAGAAUCUGCAAGAACUUGUGAUGAUGGACUUUAUCGAGCAAUUGAUUCAUAUCUCAAGGCCCACCCGACGCUCUCUGAGCAUGAAAGGAAGCGGCUUUGUCGUGUGAUGGACUGCCAAAAGCUCUCUAUUGAUGCUUGCAUGCAUGCUGCACAAAAUGAACGGCUCCCACUAAGAAUUGUGGUUCAGGUCCUCUUCUCCGAGCAAGUGAAGAUAAACAACGCAAUAGCCAACAACACCCUGAAAGAAGCUGGUGAAUCUCAGUAUCAGCCAGUGAUAUCAAACCGAAAAACAUUACUUGAGGGUACCCCACAAUCAUUUCAAGAAGGAUGGACAGCAGCUAAAAAAGAUAUUAAUACACUUAAAUUCGAGCUUGAGAGCAUGAAGGCUAAGUACCUUGAACUCCAAAACGACAUGGAAAAUUUGCAGAGACAGUUUGACAAGACGUCAAAGCAGAAACAGACAUCGGCAUGGACCAGUGGCUGGAAGAAACUAAGCAAACUCACCAAGAUGACAAAUAUAGAAACUCAUGAUAUCGGGUCUCAGCUCCCAACUGCAGCCGACCAGACUAGAAAGACACCUAGAAGAUGGAGGAAUUCUAUUUCCUGAACAUAUGAGAAAGAUACAAAGAUGAAAAUUUCCAAGAAAGGGAUGAUACCUCAACUAUUCAACUGUGUUUUCCCCUGUUUUCUUUCUUUUCCUGUUUGGUUUUUUGAGAAAAUGAAGGUCCUUUUUCUUUUUCUUGCAGUAGCAGUUAUCUGGUAGUUCAAGUACAAUUUGUCGCCCUUUUCUGUUUGUCUCUUCUGAGAGAGUUUCUCUCUGGUUUUUAUCAUUGUUCAAGUGUACUUGGUUUCCAGAGGGGAGAACUAGUGGAUGAAAUGCACUGUUGUAGUCACAAUUAUAUACAUUCUCCACGUCAUCCACAAAAUGAAAUUAUUAUCAGAAAGGGGGGAAAAAGAAAAGAAAACAGCAUAUCCCAA